AUGUCCCCGUCCUCAUUCCGAGUCCCGCGCCUCUGCCUGCUACUACUCUUUGUGUCCACUCCAGCGCAGCCCAGAGCAGCGCCGCGCAGGUCCGACCCUCAGGUGCCGGAGGAGCUUUUGGGCGCACCCAUCGGCUCGCUGCUGCUCGGGCGGCCCGAGGUCGGCGAGGGUUCGGCCGACAGCCCAGCCGUGCAAUCGCGGGGCAGGCUGCAGCACAGGCCCCGCCUCUUCUUGGACUUCUUGGGCCCCCAGAGGAAGUUCGGGAGUAGAACCCGGAGCUCGAGGAGGGGCUGUUUCGGCCUCAAAAUGGACCGCAUCGGAGCCGUGAGCGGACUGGGUUGCUGA